AGAAGGAAAUAGAAGAAGAGGAAGAAGAUCGGUUCCCGUUAAGCUGUCAGCUCAGCGUCGGAAAGGAGUGCUGUAAAAAUGCAUGUUAAAGUGAAAACGUUAACUGGAAAGUCAAUAAAUAUCGAAGUGGAGCCAUCUGAUACAAUUGAGAAUUUAAAAGCUAAAAUCCAGGACAAAGAGGGCAUUCCUCCAGAUCAACAGUGGAUUAUUUUUGAAGGAAAUCAGCUGGAGGACCAUUGCAGUCUCACGGAUUAUGGAAUUCAACACAGUUUCACCCUAUGGUUAGUUUUAAGGCUUAGAGGGGGAGAACAACGUGAACAAGAUGUUGAAGAAAAUGUUGACGAAACUAUUGAAAUUCAUGACUAUUCUGAGGAAGACAGUGAGGAAGAUGAGGAAGACAGUGAGGAAGAUGAGGAAGACAGUGAGGAAGAUGACGGAGACAGUGAGGAAGAUGAUGGCACAGGAAGUAAGAAUCCCAAACACCAAAGUAUGGAAAACCUAGUUUUCAUGUAAAUCCUUUCAAAAACACCAAAGAUCAACAUGUCAGUGGCCCAAGUGCCCAGUGACUUCUGAGCAAACUGGGAAGUCCCCCCCCCAGUCAUAUCAGAGAGAUUCUCUGCAAGAUCCACUGAAGCUUGCUCAGCUGUGAUGGGAGGAAAGCUUUCAAAGCCAGAGAGCUGAGAGAAUGUUUUCUACUCACCCCACGGAACUGAAGAUGAUGAUGCAUUAAUGCCCCAUUUCAACAGAUUUGGUCUUUGUGAUUUAUUACGAUCAGUAGUUUUUAUAAAUCAGCUGUUGCUCUGCCAAACUGGUUCAGCCAGGCAGAUGACACACAUAUGAAGAGCCAGUGAAACAUUCGAUAUCAGUGGCACUCAAACUCUUUAAACACCACAUGGAUACUACUUCAAUUAAUGACAUCAUGUUCAGUCAGUAAAUGAUUCAGCAAAAUGGAAAUGUCCUUGGGUUACUGACAGUUUCUUGAAUUUGUUAUUACUUUGUGUUAUGUGAACUUUUCAGAGAUAAAAAUUACUACUAUAAGCUUUAUUUUUGUAUAAACAGCCUGUUCUCAAGGAGAUAAUAAUCAGCAGAUUUUGGAUGGAUACCAAAAAAUCUGUUACAUUUGAAGCAUUGAAAUGCAUUGCUUUCAGUUUCCUGACCGACAUCUGAGUUUUGUUUUGUUUUUUUUCUUCAAAUGGUGAUAGCGGCUUAUCAGUCUCUUUAAGUUGAGUUAUUAAUAGAAGCUUUAAAACUCUUUAAUUAACCAUUUCGCUUCCCUGUCUCCUUUUUUUUCGACCUGGAUACUUUUUGUUACUUUCCCUCAUCCCCUCGACCUUUUUAGGGGAACGUAACAUAUAUGUAUGUAAAGAUGAAAACACUGUUUGUUUGACAUUUGCUGGAAU